AUGUCAGUGCUACGGAGUUCGUCCAGCUUAUUAUCCAGGGAUUGGACAUUUGCCAGAAGUAAACUCGGUAGAGGAGGCCUGUUUUCACGUUUCCUCAGCCUGACCAGGACCCCGGCCCGGGAACCUCGUGGUCUCUUCCUCCUGCGCUCCACAGGUAGAGCUCCAGCAGCACGCCAGAGGAGAAGCAGCAUCGAGCAUCCUCCAGUCUUCAGUGAGUUAAGGCUGGUUCUUGUUGGGAAGACUGGGGCCGGGAAGAGUUCCAGUGGAAACACGGUGCUGGGACGAGACGCCUUCAGCGCCGCCGUCCAUCAGUCCUCAGUCACCAGGCAGUGCUGUAAGCAGAGGGGGGAGGUGUCUGGGAGGCAGCUGACGGUGGUGGACACCCCCGGGCUCUUCGACACCUCGUUACAGGAGCACAUCGUGAAGAGAGAGAUCGCUAAGUGUGUCAACAUGUCGGCCCCGGGGCCCCACGCUAUACUGCUGGCCAUCAAGGUGGGGCCCUUCACCGGCGAGGAGCGAGACGCCGUGCGGCAGGUGGUGCAGAUCUUUGGGGCAGACGCCUGGAAGCACACCAUCGUGCUCUUCACCCACGGAGACGCCGGCGGCCCUCAGCUGGUGCAGCAGGCGGGGCCCGAGCUGCAAGCCGUCCUGCAGAAGGCGGGGAACCGGUUCCACGUCUUCAACAACGCCAGGGCCAACAACCGCGGGCAGGUGCUGGACCUGCUGGAGGCGGUGCAGCAGAUGUUGGAGGCCAACGGAGGACAGUUCUACUCCAACGUCCGAUACGAGGAGGUGGUGCAGAUGUUGGACCACAGAGAGGCGGAGCUCAGGGAGAUCUACGAGAAGAAGCUGGAGGAGGAGAUCCGGGGGGUGGAGAGCAAGUACGAGAGGAAGCUGGAGGAGGAGCAGCAGCAGUGCCGGCAGGUGGAGCAGCGUCUGCAGGCCGAGCUGCAGGAAGUGAAGCGCUAUUACCGGGUCUUGGAGAGCGGGGUCCGUCAGGUGGUGGAGCAGACGGUGCCCUCCGACUCCUUCCAGGAAAUGCUGUCCCAGUUCAACGAGAAGCUGAAGCUGAAUGUUCUGUCCUGAGGCUGCCGGUCCUCUCACCGGGAGACUCAGAUUCAAAAGUCCUGACUCUAGAACUACAAUGUCUCACAGAGUCACGUUCUGGCUGUUUGUGCAGCAUGAUGUUUUCAUGGAAAAAAUAUCUGGAGAACCAGGUCAGAGUUUCCCUCUCACUGGGCUCUAAGCUCGGUCUUUAAUCCGGUCUGAGCGAUCCAGCGUUCUCUCUCAGCUCCUAACAUCGACUUCAGUUAACCGUCAUUACACGUCUUCAAACCCCAAUCCUCCGAUCGGGUUUGAAACUGGAGCCUGGAACAGAUUUUGUGUUUCAGAAUAUUUUUGGUAGGACUGUUCUCUUCCUGUAAAUGUGUAUUUCUCCUUUGUUUGAGAAUAGCUUUUAUUUUUGCUCCUCCUUUAUAACUGAACUCCUCUGAAAGUGUGUGAAGCUCCUGGGCAGUAAACCUGAUCCUGAAACAUGUCUGACCGUAUUCACAACUCUACCUACUUUCAGAACCUACCCAGAUUAAAAAACUAGUACCCAGAUUAAAAAACUAGUACCCAGAUUAAAAAACUAGUACCCAGAUUAAAAAACUAGUACCCAGAUUAAAAAACUAGUACCCAGAUUAAAAAACUAGUACCCAGAUUAUUGAACUGAGUCUUAAAACAUUGGAAAAUAUUUUGCAGGAUUCUGAAAUUAGUUACCAUCCCUAAAACCGUUUUCUCAGACUUCUGAAUUUGUCCAAAAAAAGUAGAGAAGUAAUCUGCAAAAUUUAGAAAGUAUCCCCAAAGUGUGAAAACUGGUUUCCUAACCUUCUGAAACUAUUUUGUCCAAAUAGUUCAAAUAAUCCCCAGGAUUCUAAAAACUAGUUUCAGUAUUUAGAAUAUUUUAUUAUACGAGACGUUUCACUAAUAAAUGACUUCUUUGAAACUCCCGUAAUAACUGUUGAGUUUGAAUCUGUUUAUUGGAGUUGUAAUGUUUACUAUAAACUCUGACGAGUUGGAGGCUUUCAUUUGAAUAAAUACACAUUGAAGCUUC